CCGUGUGUCGUCACCGUCUCAACAUGGCGGUGUGUGUGGCGGUGAUAGCGAAGGAGAAUUACCCUCUGUACAUACGGAGCGUCCCCUCCCAGAGUGAGCUGAAGUUCCACUACACUGUGCACACUUCACUGGAUGUAGUGGAGGAGAAGAUCUCUACAGUGGGGAAAGCCAUGGCUGAGCAAAGAGAGCUGUACUUGGGUCUGCUUUACCCGACAGAGGACUACAAAGUAUAUGGCUAUGUGACGAACUCCAAAGUGAAGUUUGUAAUUGUCGUAGACUCUUCAAACACAUCACUGAGAGACAACGAGAUACGAAGCAUGUUCAGAAAAUUGCACAAUUCCUUCACAGAUGUUAUGUGCAAUCCCUUCUACAACCCUGGCGAUCCAAUUCAGUCAAAGGCCUUUGACAGCAUGGUGUCAACUAUGAUGGUGCAAUCCUCCUAACUAUGUCUGUUCUUACUGUAAAUACAGCAGCUUCUGUGUCCCCCUCUCUGCACUCAUGUCCUGAGCUGUAUAUGUUUGUAUACUGUGUGAAAUAAAAAGUCUUUUGAGUUACACUUUAAAA